CUUCUCGCUGACCUCAGACGAGCCGAGCACCAUGGGUAUUUGGCAGCUGAUUGCCGUUGCCAUUGCAGCCACUCUUGCCCUCUCUGUGGUCCCUGUCCAAGCCGAAAUCGAUGAGGAGUUCCGUAUGGUCACCUGUGGCUCGGUCAUCAAGCUCCGCCAUGCCUCUACCGGCUACCGGUUGCACUCGCACGACAUCCCGUACGGUUCGGGCUCGCAGCAGCAAUCUGUGACGGCGCAUCCCGCGGCGGAUGAUACCAACUCGCUGUGGACGGUCAAGGCAGGGUUCGGGUACCCGGCGUGCAAGCAUGGCGAUGUCAUCAAGAGCGGUGACGUGAUUCGGCUGCAGCAUGUCAACACCAAGAAGUACUUGCACUCGCACCUGCACCGCUCACCGCUGUCGCAGAACCAGGAGGUCUCGGCGUACGGCUCGUCAGACCAGUCGGACUCGGGCGACAAUUGGAUCGUCGAGGGCGCGGCCAAGUGGCUUCGUGGCGCAAAGCUGCGGCUGAAGCACAAGGACACCGGGGCGUACCUGCACUCGCACCGCAAGGCGUAUCAGAACCCGAUCCCAGGUCAGCUGGAGGUCUGCGGCGUGCCGAGCAAGAACUCACAGAACUUCUGGCACUCGGAGGAGGGCAUCUACUUUGCCAUCAAUGAGUCGUAGAUAAAGGUCGACGACGUUUA